UAAACCACAGCCACCGCCCAUCCCCCCCCCCCUCAGCCUUCCAUAAACAAACUCUCCGCACCCAGUCCUACAAUGUCCGACGACAACACCGCGCAGCAAGUCUACUACCGCAUCACGCAAAAGCUCCAGGACUGCCAAAAGCAACUGGGCCAGAUCGAGGCGCAAAUAUCCGGCAACCAACGUGAAUCCCGCCUCGCCGCACUUACCCGACGCGAAAUCGAAGGACUCGAUGCCUCCGUGCCAUUGUACAAAUCUACAGGGAAAAUGUUUAUCCAGGAGCCCAAGGACGACCUGCUCAAGGAAAUCGACACCACGGCUGAGAACUCAAAGGCUAUGGUUGAAGCCCUGGAGAAGAAACAAAAGUUUGUCAGGCGCGAGAUGGAAGAGGCUAGCGGAAAUCUCAAGGAUAUCGUUAGGUCCAUUCAGACUGCCGCUGCCACCACCAAAGCGUAAAAUUAAUAAAUAUAUAAAUAUAUAGAUUAUAAUUUUCUUUUUUAGUUAUAAAAAAAAAGUCAUAUAUCUCCCAUUUCAA